AUGUACCAAAGCCCCCAGGCGCCCCUCUUGUGGCUCCGGCAUCUCCAUCUCCAGCGACCAGCGCCUGACGAGGCGGAUCGCAGCGCACGCAGGUGGACACCCUCCUCCAGCGCCGGGGGCUGUUGCGUGCUGGCGGCGGCUGUUAGCGAGCUGCGUACCGCACCUCCUGCGCAUCGCGGUGGCGCACGGCUGAUUGGUACGCGGCGCACUACUGCGGCACACCAUGCGGACACCACGCCCAGGUACCUGCGACCGCCUGACAAACGAUCAACUGCUCGCACGCUCGUGCCGCUGCACCUGGUGCCAGCCAGCACCGCGUCGCAGUGCCGCCCCGCGCGUCGCAAGUACACGCCCGUACUCCACGACACGACCCUGCCCGUCCACUCCAGCUUGGUCUCCAGCAGACCCCCAGCGCCAAGCGGCACCCGCUUUCCUCCAUUUCCAGCGCUGCUGCUCCUCCUCGCACUCCCGCUCACCUCGCUGACCGAUUGCCCUGAAUCGCCAUCACGCUGGCCUCGACUGACUGACGACAACUUCGCCCCGACAAGUCCAGCCGCUCCUCGCUCGCCCGCCGCUCCACGACUCGGCGCCUUCGACCAAAACCGCAGCCAACGGCACGCGCCUCGUCCCCGGCUCUUCCUGCCCGAAACACCAGAUACGGAGCCUGCCGAAGCAGAUCAGGAACCAGGGAUUUGCUCCCCUUCGAGGCGGUCGACCAGCGAAUCCACCAACCCAUCUCAUCCAUCAUCCCUUCGAUAUUCGGCGCCGCCAGUCACUGCUCCGUCAUCCAGCCCGCAGCACCAGCACCAGGGAGUCGCCCGAAACGCGCGACACGUCUUUGACGGUACCCAUUCGCCCUUGUUCACCGGCAGCUUCCACUCGCUUCAUCCCCAUUUUGGACUUUUUGGACCUUCUGGGCCGCCUCUUCCAGCACCGUUUAGGAGGUCGACCCAUGUCCUGAUCUACCGGUAUGCUUACUCUUCUUUUUCCUUUCCCUUCUACUUCUAUUCUGGAUUCUUUUCUUUUGCCUUUUCUCUUUUCUACUCUCCCUCCAGAAUCCUCCCUAAUCCAGAAGAACCCUUUGAUGUUGGCUGUGCUGCUUUGGACUUGAUUUACCAAUAA